UAACAAAGGAAGUGGAAUCUCUCAUGAUGGUUACAUCAGCUCAUCCUGUUGAAAUAAUUGGGAGGAACAGUUUGGUUUCUGCAUAUUUCAACUUGAGUAACUUCUCAAUGUGAACACACUUGCUGUCAGAGCAGGGCGAGUGUCUUUCUGUCCCAUGAUGUCUCUCCUUCAGGGUGUCCUCUUGCAGGUCCUCAGCUGGACGGGUCUCUGUCAGCUCCUGUUUGUAGGACUGGGAGCUGUGGUCACACUUUGGACAGGGAGGCUGUUGGCACGACACACCUGGUACACAUACAGGCUGUCCUGCUUCAGCAAGCCACCUACACACUCCUGGCUGUUAGGACACCUGGGUCAGAUGCAGAGCACAGAAGAAGGUUUGCAGCAGGCGGAUGACUUGAUCCAGAAAUACAAACACUCUUGCAGCUGGUUCCUCGGCCCUUUCUAUCACCUGGUCAGACUCUUCCACCCUGACUACGUCAAACCUCUGCUGAUGGCUUCUGCCAGCAUUACAAUGAAAGAUGAGCUCAUCUAUGGCCAUCUGCGUCCAUGGCUGGGACAGAGCCUGUUGCUAAGCAACGGGGAGGUGUGGUCUCGCAGGAGGCGGCUGCUGACUCCAGCUUUUCAUUUUGAUAUUCUGAAGAACUAUGUCGUCAAGUUCAACACCACAACUAACACCAUGCAUGAUAAGUGGCGCCACCUGGUGGCAAAAGGCACGACUAAUCUGGAGAUGUUUGACCACGUCAUACUGAUGACACUGGACGCUUUACUGAAAUGUGCUUUCAGCUACAACAGCAACUGUCAGAGAUCUUCCAGUUAUUUCGUGUCCGCCAUAGAGGAGCUGAGUGAUCUGCUGAUAGAUCGUCGCUUUAGGAUUUUACACCACUGGGACUGGUUUUACUGGAGAACAGAGCAGGGAAAACGAUUCAAAAAGGCCUUGAGUAUUGUGAACGGGUUUACCAGGGAGGUGAUUGAGAAGCGCCGAGCCCUGAUCAGCCAGCAGAAGGAGACAGCACCACAGAGGAAGAAAGAUUUUGUGGACAUCAUACUGCUGUCAAAGGAUGAGGAUGGACAAGGCCUAACAGACGAGGACAUCCAGGCCGAGGCCAACACCUUCAUGUUUGCAGGUCAUGACACGACAGCCAGUGCGAUUUGUUGGAUACUGCAUAAUUUAGCACGCCACGACCACUUUCAGGAGCAGUGCAGGCAGGAGGUGACGGAGCUGAUGCAAGGACGAGAGGAGCAGAAGAUAGAGUGGGAGGAUCUGUCCAACCUUCCCUUCACCACCAUGUGCAUCAGAGAGUCUCUGCGGCUGCACUCUCCCCUGCAGGCUGUGACCAGGACGUACACCCAGGACAUGCCGCUGCCUGGGGGCCGCACGCUGCCAAAGGGUGCCAUCUCUUUGGUCAGUAUUUAUGGGACACACCACAACCCUGCUGUUUGGACAAACCCACAUGAGUUCAAUCCUCUGCGUUUUGACCCAACAAACACUGAGGAACGGUCUUCUCAUGCCUUCAUCCCUUUCUCCUCAGGCCCCAGGAACUGUAUUGGUCAGAGAUUUGCCAUGGCAGAGCUUCGAGUCGUCGUGGCGUUGACCCUGCUCAGGUUUCGACUGACCCCGGGGGUGCACCCUGAACUCGGGCCCGGGAUAGUUCGUCGUCUCCCCCAGCUGGCCAUGCAUGCAGAGGGAGGUUUGUGGCUGCAGCUGGAGCCUCUGAGCCCAAACAACCUGGAAGAAGGGAAAAGACAGGAGGAAUGAUCCAACAAGACGAAUGUUUACUGUUAUUGUUGUCGCUGGAUUUAUUAUCAUUUCUAAAUGCAUCUGUAAGCAGUUUGUCAGGUUUCAUGAUU